CAGGUUUCAGACCUCAACUGUAGCAUGUUAAUAGCAAGGAGGCACCUCUGACCAGGUCCAGGAUGUGCAAGCAAGCUGCCAAAGAGAAGAUGUUCAUAAAGAGAAGCUUCAUCAAAGCACUUUCGUCUUGGCAUCUCGACCCUUCUCAAUUCCGCUAUGGUGGACGUGAAGGCUGGAAGAGCUACGCUCUAAUUUAUGGCCCAGCUCAACGGAUGCUAAGCGUGCGCAUUAAAGAUGGCUGCCGCGGUGGACGAGAGCAGUUCACAUGGGGCUCCAUCAAGGAGCAGGAGUUCAAGGAUCGGGAAUCAUACCUUGGCCAGUCCACCAAGGUUGGCCAAAUGGGCAAGUUUGGAAAGUACUACUUGCACGACUGGUAUGCCAGAAAGCGGGACACUACUGCCAGCAUUGCAGAAGAGCGAGGUGCAGUGCAGGCAUACGAAGAAGAAUUGAUGCAGGAGGCCUUGGGACUUAAGCCAAAGAAGCUUCUCCUGGCCAAGAAGCAGAUGAAUGAGGAAGAGCUCAAGGAGUUCUUAAAAGCGAAGAAGAAUGAUGAGGGCCGCGAGGCUAUGGGGCCUCAGAAGAAAGUCAUGCGGAAUGAGCUUGGUGAAGAGGUAGUCACCAGCAACGAAGACCAAAUGGCACAAGCUGUGCGAGAUGGAACUCUGAAAGGCUUGGGGUUCGCUUCGCACCGCGAUGCCAAGCUGGAGAGGAUCAAAGCCCAGACCCUUGGGACGGAAUCGGAGCUGAAAGGGCUGAAAGAGCUUCCGAAGGCUCCGGUCAAAGGCGAAGUCAUGAAACUGGAAGUCAAGACUGAGGUGAAAACUGAAAUUGAUGCCGUGGCGUCAGGGUCCUCGAAAGUUGAAUCAGAGGUGAAAGAUGAAGCCAAGGAGGAGGAAGAGGUUGCUGGCAGGUCUGAGGAUGACACAAAAGCAGAGAAAAAGGACAAGAAGGAGAAGAAGAAGGACAAGAAAGCCAAAAAGGCAGCAAAGAAACUGAAGAAGAUGGAGAAGAAAGUUGCUAAGAAGGAGAAGAAAGCAAAAAAGGAGGCCAAACUUCUUCAAAUAGAAAGAGCAAUGCAGGAAGCUGGUGUUGCCGGUGUGAAGCGCAAGAAGUCCAGUUCGAGCAGUAGCUCCUAGCCAAUCAACUCACGGUUGGUGCAGCUAACCUGGCAAGAACCAGCAGGAGUGAUGCGACUGCCACCCAGCACGUCUGAGCGAAACGUGCACCUUGCCACUUAGAGAAGUCGGGCACCGGGCCAGUCUGAUUGAUUCAGGCCGGGC